CAAGACAGCUUAGCUGCACAUGGAUCCGACCAGUCAUUAGGACAAAAGGACUGUCAGCCUCACUGCUGGACUCUGCAGCUGAAUUUUUUCUUGGAUUCUCAGAAGUGACCAACAUGUCAGCAAAAUUAUUAGAACACCACACCAGUAUGAGAUCUCCGCUCCCAGUGGUUGUCAUAGGUAAUGGUCCUUCUGGCAUCUGCCUCUCAUAUCUUCUAUCUGGUUAUACCCCAUAUAUUAAAGAAGGUGCUAUACAUCCAAACCCGUUGUUACAAAGGAAGCUGGAGGAAUUCGCCGAUGUUCCUAUCACUCAGCAGGACCUGGAGUAUUUGUCUGAGGGCUUGGAAGGUCGAUCCAACAGUCCCGUGGCUCUGUUGUUUGAUGCCUUGCUCAGGCCAGACACUGACUUUCUGGGAGAUGUGGAUUGUGUAUUGCAGUGGACUCGUAAACCCGAAAGAGCUAUUCCUCAUCUGGUGCUUGGACGAGACUUACCUGGAGGAGCAUGGAAUGCCAUUGAGGGAUCGAUGAUAACACUUAGCCGUGGAGACUGGAUGGGACUCCCUGAUUUAUCUUUCAAAGACUGGAUGAGGAUGAAAAAAAGGAACCUCAGAAAUGAUAGGUCCACAGCAGGGGACAUCUUGAAUUACUACCGGUACUAUGUAAAGAAUAAAAGACUAGAGAAUAAUUUCUUAUCUGGUGCAGUUGUCACCUCUGUCAGAAAAAUAAAAAAAGACACAGGAAACACUUCUGGGAACAUGAUCAUUUGGAAUAAUGCAGAGUUUGAACAAGAACAAAGCCAGGAUAAGAAUGUAUUCCAAGUUAGUGGAUUUACCAAAAAUGAUAUCGGUCCUGAGCAGAGCUUCUGUCUAUAUGCCGAAAAUGUUGUACUGGCUACAGGCACAUAUGACAGCCCCUCAUGGUUGGGUAUCCAAGGGGAAGACCUUCCAUUUGUCUCGCAUGAGAUAUCUGCUCUUGAGGAGGCAGUAAAAUCAAUGAAAGUCAGCCAAGACUCUGACCCAGUGCUAAUCGUAGGGGCAGGACUGACUGCCGCCGAUGCCAUUUUGCUAGCUCAUCAUUAUAACAUCCCUGUAAUUCAUGCUUUCAGAAGACGGGUUAAUGAUCCAGCACUCAUCUUCAACCAGUUACCACAUGUCAUGUAUCCAGAGUAUCAUAAGGUAUACCAAAUGAUGAAAGAGCAAUCAGUCUUUCAAGGAGGACCCUACAAGGGCUACAUGAGCCUACCAGAGCAUCAUGCCCUGUGCUUCAAUGAUGAGAAAAAAUGUACCUUCAGAGACAAGCAUGGUCAUCACAAAGCAUUUAAGGUUUCAAUGGUUCUUAUUCUCAUUGGUUCCAAUCCAAACUUGUCUUUUCUUCCCAAAAAUGGCACAGACUUGGCUUUGAAGACUGAGCAACCAGUCAACUCCAAAAGGAAUCCUCUGGAUAUUGACCCAUUCACAUACGAGUGUACUCAGGAGAAAGGACUAUAUGCAGUGGGGCCCCUAGCUGGUGAUUAUUUUGUACGCUUUGUUCAAGGAGGAGCAUUGGCUGUUGCUAGCACUCUCCUAAAAUCUCAGAAGAGGCCCCCUUAAUAAUACACAAUAACAUAUUCCAGGAUGCUUUCAAGAGCUGCUUCUCAGGUCAGCCAUUUCUGAAGACAAUAACAGGGCGAAUUGGACAUUUUUUUCAGAAAAGGCAAUGCAGAAUAUAUCAGCCCACCGAAUAAUGUGCUCAAAAUAGUUAGAUAAUUCCAGCUCAGAAGAAAAUACAGUUUUCUGUGGACUUUACUCAUCAUAUAAUAAGCUAAGACAUUUAAUUGUUUAAAGGAAUGUACUUGAAAAAUUCUGUCACAUUACAUAAGACUAUAUUUUGAUAUAGAGGGUUUAUUUGAUAUUGAAGGCGUUAUAUAUUUUAAUGUAUGUAUUGAUAUCUAAGAGCAACAGUUUAAUGGCCAAAAAUAUUAUUAAUGGGGUUAUUAAAGUGUUUAAAAAAGAUUACCUAUCCUCAGGAUAGAUCAUCAGUAUCUGAUCGAUGAUGGUCUGACUCCCGGCACCCAUGUGGAUUAACUGUUUUAAGAGGUCAUGGCGCUCCAGUGAGCACUGCGGUCUCUUCCUAGGCCAAUGAUGUCACGUUCAUCGGUCCCAUGGCAUAGUUGCAGCUCAGUCCUAUUUAAGGGAUAUCCGCAUAUCCGCUAUCCAAUGGACGGUGCUAUGCUUGGUGAGCUACAAGGAGCUGCGCUUCAAACAGCUGAUUGGUUGAGGUGCCAGGUGUUGGACUCCUACCAAUCUGAUACUGAUUGAAGACUCAGAAAACCCCUUUAAUUGUAAUUUGUCAUAUCUUACAAAAAAAGCACAAGUUAAAAGAAAAAGGUGCUUAACAGAAAAGCUAACAUGUUCUGGGCUAAGGUUGGCAUUUAGCUUGGUGCCACUCAGGUUUAAGGUAGUGGACAGUCAUUCCAAAAAUGACUUGUUGGCCAAAAUGUUUUCUAGUAAGAAGGAUGUAAUUAAUGUUUUUUCUUUGUGUAGUUGGUCACCUAACAUCCAUCAAAUGAUAACCAACCAUCCCUCGGGACCUGUUUACGAUUUGUAUAAAGAUUAACCAGAUUUCCCAAGUCAGUAAUUUGCUACUACUCAUUAGAGAAAUGUGUAGACUUUUCAAUAUUUAUAACUUUAUCUAUGAUUUAAGACAAUUUCCUGAAUGACCUGAAUAGGAGCAUUAUAAGUAAACACCAUUAUAAUAUUUUUAGGAUGCCCGUACAUGGUGUGAAAAAGCCAUGCACAUGGAGACCAUAGCUUCACCGUGUAUGGGAUUACUCAAAGAAACCAUAGAGCAAUUUUCUGUAGCAACAGUUAGACAAAUUGCCACCUGACAGAGGAGGAAAGGAAGUCCUACCCUGGUGAAAGGGCCUCA